CAGGAAGUGAGUCGAGUGGGAUGGGGGCAAGACAAUUGGUAGAAAAGGGGCACAAACACGCCCGUCCUGUAACUACAAUAAAGUGAACGGAUGCCAGCAUCACAAAAACCAGCCGCAUACAGGGAUUAUACAGCAUUAAAUUUCAUACGGUGCCUGGAUGCUCAUCAUCAAUGACAUAUUUUCAAUGGAAUGGAACAGAAUUCUCAGCUAAUUUUUUAAAUGUUGCCCAUUUGAUAAUAGUCAGGAAAAGGACCUCACCUUUACUGAAAGGUGUGUCCCUCACACUCAUACAAACUGGCUCUUAUUGACAUUUCUCAUCAUUAUACUGUACCAUUAUGGCUAUGCAAGAGUCAGGCCGGACCAAUGGCUUUUCGUGUAGACAUUGUGGUGUAGUAUUUGCAAGUAUGCCCAGCCUUUUGGAGCAUACAGACACUUAUCAUCAAUCAGAGGAGGAAAGGAAGUUCAAAUGUGAAGAAUGUGGACGGGGCUACAGGCAUGCUGGCAGUUUGGCAAACCACAGGAAAACUCAUGAGGUUGGCUCAUUUCAGUGUCAUAUAUGCUCCAGGAAGCUCUUCAAUGCAUUGGCUCUCAAAAGCCACCUGCGUAUCCACACAUCUAGAAAGAAAUAUUCUUGCACUGAAUGCGGAAAGGCUUUUCGUUUGGCAACCCAGUUGGCCACCCAUCAAAAGGUCCAUCGCAAUAAAGAGUCUCAAGGGAAGAUCAGGACAAAUGAUUCUGCCAGAAGUCAUAUCGAAAGUGGUUAUGAAGAUGAUGAUUUGCCACAUCUAGAUGAGGUGGAUUUUGACAUCAUGCCAGAUCUGCAGACAGACAUCGCUCCUAUGAGCAGCCUCAGUAAUGGUGCCGUGUCAGAACAUGUUCCAAGAUCCACCUCGGAUAGUGACAUGGCAGCUGAUGAUGAUGCGGGAGACAGGCCAUUUAAAUGCAACUUGUGUGACAAGACAUACAGACAUCACGGCAGCCUGAUAAAUCAUAAAAAAACUCACCAAAUGGGAGUAUUUGAGUGUCCAAUCUGUUUCAGACAGUUUAACAACCUUGCUGCCCUUAAUAGCCACCAGCGAAUCCACAGUAAAACACGAGGGCAUCCCAUUGUGCAGACCUCUUCCCUCGCUGACUGUAAGUCAGAGCUAACUUCGCCACAGAAUGGGGAUGCUAACGUACAUUUUUGUCACCUUUGUCAGGUUGUAUUUCCAAAUGAUGAUGAGUUUCAAAAUCACAUUCUGUUGCACAACUCCUCUUCUGUGUCUUUUGAGCUCCCUACUAGCCUGUCAGAGGAGCCUGAUUUCUCUUACAAUGAAAGUGUUACUCGUUCCCCAGAGUCCAAUCCCUAUCCCCCCUUAAGUGACACUCCACCACUGCCUCCAUUACUAGACAAAACUGUUGAUUAUGACCACUCAGAGGGGCCAAUUGAAAACGGUCAUAUAUAUUUACCUGACACUUUAGAUAAUUCAACUAUUCAUGCUCAGGGGCAGCCAAUGGCCUUACCAUCUGAGAACCUCAAUUCUGAUCAGUCAUUACAGACUAUUAGUUACGUCAAAGUAGAAGAUCCUGAAAGUUCAGAUCGCCGCUUCAAGUGCCACAUCUGUGGAAAAAGCUACCGGCACGCAGGAAGUCUCAUAAAUCACAAACGCUCCCAUCAAACAGGGAUCUUUCAGUGUUCCAUCUGCCGCAAGAACUAUCCAAAUUUGGCAGCACUGAGGAGCCACCUUCGGAUCCAUAAGGGAAGGCCCCCGUCCUUGCCAGUUAGUGCUGAGGGUGAUUGGCUUUCCUCUGAGCCCUUGACACAUGAGAGCCAGCAAGGCUGUUUGUCGUCACGUGAGGGAGACGUAAGUGGAAUUUUAGAUGUUCCUCAGGAUAUGGUUGACUCUGUGCGGCAUAAAUCUGAUGAGGAUCAAUUGAACGAGGUGAAUGCUACUGACAUUCAUGAGCAGUUUGUCAAUUCCUUUCAAGAGGAAAGACCAGUGCAUCUACCUCAAGACGAACCCAUUAUUGAGAGGCACAUGUGUGCAGACUGUGGUAAGACAUUUACUGAUAUUGCAGGAAUCAAGUCACACAUGUGUCCUGUUCUGAAUCAGCAGUAUCAGACCAUGAUGAAUGGCUCAUCCAGUCAUGUGGACUUUCACAACACAAAGCAUCAACAUUUCUUAGGUGAGUCAGGGGAGCAUAUUGGUUUCGAGGAACAUGAUGGCAGUGCAGCUGAGGACUACUUUAGCGAGCAGACCUUUAAUGACAGCGUACAUGGUCAGAUGAGUGACAGUGAUGAUAAGCCUCACUGUGAAGAUGGUGAUGAAGAGGAUGAUGGUGAGAUGUAUCAUUGCUCAGUAUGUGGGAAUCAUUACUCUAGCAUGCGUGCACUGCGAAGCCAUCUCCGAGGUCACACUCAAACUCAUGCCGCACAGUCAGCAUCUGGCCCUUCAGCCUCGUCCUCUCUUGAGGUCAAGAGAGAUGAACCUAGUGAAAAUCAGCAGGGUGAAUGUAGUCUGAUUAUCUGCAGCACUUGUGGAGAGAGCUUCGCAAAGAAACAGGACCUACAAGCCCACCAGCUCUUGCAUAGCAAUACAGAAGGUAAUCCACCAGAACAAUAUGGAAGAGACAACCAGAAUGAUCUCAAACCAAAAGUGGAAGUAGAGAGUAUUAUUUGUGGGAAAUGUGGCAUAAGCUGCAUUGAUCUUUACCACCUGAAUAACCACAACUGCACAGGACAAAGAGAUGGACAGGCGGAAGAGAAAUGUGAGGAGAAACCAGAUCUUGGAUGUAAAUUUCAACAAGAUCUUGGACUUUUGCAGGAGAGUCCACAUAAUGGAGAGCGGCAGUACAGGUGUGACCAGUGCGGUCGUGCGUACAGACAUGCUGGAUCUUUGCUCAAUCAUAAGAAGUCUCACAAAACCGGGGUGUUUCGCUGCUUUGUCUGCCAAAAGCGUUUUUAUAAUUUGCUGGCUCUCAAGAAUCACCAGAGGACACACUUUGAUGUUAAAAAGCACACUUGCAUAGAAUGUGGGAAAGCCUUCAAAAUCCAUAAACAACUGUUGAACCACCAGAGGGUACAUCAGGAAAACAAGGCUAAGAUUGAAGAGCUCAACAAACAAAUUCAGACACUCAUGCAGAUGAGUGGGAAUGCCUCAGGGAUUGGAAUGCUGGCACUUAAUUCUAGCAGAAAGAGAAUCGGCAGGCGCCGUAAACACCGGCAGGCUUCUAGUAGUGAUCAGUCCAGGCAAGAAAAGGAGGGCCUGGUGGGAGAUCCCAUUGACCCUCGCCCAUUUGUCUGCGAUCAGUGUGGAAGAAGCUAUCGGCAUGCAGGAAGCUUGGUGAACCACAAAAACUCACACAAGACUGGUGAAUAUUACUGUGCUUUGUGCAACAACAUUUAUUCCAACCAGUUAGCAAUGAAGAACCAUUUACGGAUACACUUUGCUGUCAAAAGACACCGCUGCCAAGACUGCGGGAGGGCUUUCAGGGGAAACAAACAGUUACUCAACCACACCUGUUCAAAAAAAAGAAAUGCAGCAGCAAGAAGAAAGUUUACGGGUCGCAAAAAAGAAAAGGAUUUAAUGUGCAAGCAUUGCCGCCUAGCAUUUCCAGAUUAUGAACUACUUACAGGACACACCUGUAGCAAAGAGACUGGCCCUGAUUCAGAACCCCCAGGAAAUGCAUAUCCUGAAAAUUAUAGUGCACCCCUAGAAAAAGAGGAACGGCCAUUCAAGUGUAACAUUUGCAGUCGCAGUUACCGUCAUGCAGGUAGCUUGUUAAACCACAAGAAUACUCACAAAACAGGCCAUUUCACCUGUUCCUUCUGUGCCAAGCCCUUUUCCAAUCCCAUGGCUCUACGAAACCACACUCGCAUUCACACACAGAAGAAAAAGUAUGUCUGCCCCACUUGUGGUAAAGCUUUCCGUCUCUCUAGUAUCCUUUAUAACCAUCAAAAAAUCCAUGCACGGGGAGUCACUCGUUACAGCUGUCAAACAUGUGGCAAAAGCUUCCAGGGAAGGUCUGGACUAAAGAGACAUCGCUGUUACCAAAACGGCAAUCCAAAUUCAACUGUCAGUCUAGCUGGUGUGGACAAAUGCUACACGUGUGAUCAGUGUGGGCGCUCUUAUAGACAUGCUGGUUCCCUCCUCAACCACAAGAAGUCUCAUUCUGCUAACCUCCUGCACUGCACUCUCUGCCUUAAAACAUUCACCGGCCCUCUAGAAUUAGAGAGCCACUCUCAAAUGGCUCGCCACUGCUGCCCAGAUUGCGGGAAAACCUUCUGUGAGUUCACACACCUACAGAGUCACAUGGAGGGGCACAGUAAGGGACUCCCCUACUACUGCAACUUGUGUCAGCAGAACUUCCCAAACCUGGCUAGUUUUCAGCAGCACCAGGAACUCCAUGGCAGCUUGCAGGGCCAGUCGCACCAUCAGCAAGGUAUGCAGAUGCAGCAGAAUUUAGGCUGGGACUCAGCAUUGGAUCAUCAGAUAGGAAUUCAGAGCUUUCCAAAGAUUGAUUCAGCCUUCAGUCGAGUACAUGAGCCUCAAGACCAGCAAGAAAGCAGUGAGGAAUAUGGUAGGGAGGAGAAGAGUCACGUCUGUGAGCACUGUGGGCGCACUUACCGGCACGCUGGUUCACUGCUCAACCACAAGAACAGCCACAAGACUGGCUCCUUCUUCUGCUCAGUCUGCCAGAAAGAGUUCACCAAUUUAAUGGCACUGAAGAAUCACCGGCGUAUUCACACAGAGCCCAAACGCUAUCAGUGCCUGGAGUGUGGCAAGGCCUUCCGGGUCUCCACCCAGCUUAUCUGCCACAGGCGCAUCCACACCAAAGAGAAGCCUUUCUCAUGCCUCCUAUGCGACAAGCGAUUCUCUAGCAAGUCCAACCUUCGGCACCAUCAAAAAAUGCAUCAGAACACCCAACAGACUUGCGAGUCUAAGUUCAACAUAGAUGCUAAUGCAUUCAUGGGACUGGGUGUGGACCCUUUCCUCUGAGGCUUCAUCAAUGCUCCAAGGAAAGAUUUCAAAAACAUAUUCUAUUACAAGACUUUCCUCCACCCGAGGCCCAAUGCCAAUAAUGGUAAAACGUCAGGUUUACUGCUGUAUAUGUCAAGCUAGAGUCACAUGCAGAUACUGAUCUUGGCAAGACUUGCCUCCUGUACUGUUGCGUUUUCAAAUAAUGUUCUGGUGUUUGUCAUAUUUUGGGGUUCUUGACAUCAAAACGUUUGAAAAACCCUGCUCUAAAGAAUGCUUAAGACUUAAAUGGGUAGUACACCUAAAAAUACUUGCACUCAUGCCAUCCUGGAUGUGUAUGACUUUUAGAAGAAUACGUCAGCUCUGUAGGUCCAUACAAUGCAAGAGAAUGGUGACCAGAACUUUGAGUCUCCAAAAAUCACAAUGUCAGCAAUAAAAUUAUUUAUAUAACUCCAGUGGGUAAAUCCAUGAUUUAGAAGUGAUAUAAGUGUGUGUGAGAAACAGAUCAAUAUUUAUGUCCUUUUUUAACCAUAAAUCUCCACAUUUGACCAGCCCCGACCAGUAGGUGGCGAUAUGCAUGAUGAAUGUUAAUGGCCAGAAAACAAAAGAAGAGGAAUGUGAAAGUGGACAUUUACAGGGGAAAAGGAUUUAAAUAUUAAUCUGUUUCUCACUCACACUUAUAUUAUCACUUCAGAAGAUAUGGUUUUAACUACUGCAGACUUUGUGAUUUUUGCUGAUUCCAAGUUCUGGUCAAUAUUCAUUUGCGUUGUAUAGGCCUACAGAGCUGCGAUAUUCUUCUAAAAAUCUUUGUUUGUGUUCUGCAGAAGGAAGAAAUUCGUACACAUCUGGGAUGGCAUGAGGGUGAGUAAAUGAUGAGAGAAUGUUCACUUUUGGGUGAACUACACCUUUAAGGCAUUGAUAAGAUACUACCUCUGGUAGGGAUAGUAAUACUGUAGAAAUUUAGAGUAAGUGACAGUGCCUGUCAAGAGACCAUUUUAGAGUUUUAUGUGUCUCUUUUUUAGAGAUUUGUUUUGUGUCCCCACACAUUGUGUAAAACCAUCAUAGUUGCAUGGUACUAUGAUAGGUCUCAGACUGAGAGCUUGGAUGAGUAUUUUUAACCAGACUCUUACCCAGCGCUGCCUUCAAGAUUAGAGUCCGACCGAUAAAUUGGUUGAUCUCAGACACAAGUUUGCAAGGUAAAAAUGCUUUAUGAGGAUAAGAAGUAUAGGUACUAUCCUUCUCAUUACAAUUGUGUUGAGUGCUUCCAUAUAUUUUCAGGUAAUUGUACUGCUCAUGGUAGAUGUGUCCUGUAAUCACUUCAUCAUAGUCUCAUUAAGACCAACCUACACAUGAUGUUCAUCAUGGAUGACACUGGUAAGGCUGUUAAACAGCAUGUGGACAGCCUUUCAUUGAGGCCUGUCCUGUAGAAAAUAAUCAAAGAUAUUUAUUUAAAAAGAGCCAUUUAUACCUUACAUUAAUAUUUGAAAAUUAAGCAUAUUUCUUGUCUUAUGUGGUACACAAUAUGCAUGGUAUUAAAUGUGUAAUAAAUACUAGAUUUGGUUGAUUACUUGGGUAUUCUAGAUAACAGUUAUGAACAGUUAAGAAAUACCUCUAUAAAAGCAUUCACAUCAAUGUAUUUGAAAGAACAAUACUGCAUACUUUCUAGUAAGUGUAUUACGUAGUGGGAAUAUUUUCAUCAAGACAUGAUUUCACAGCACAAAAAUGAAUGGACCCAAAAUCCAUAAUCGGUCGGGCUCAAUUAGGGCAGGAAUUCACAGACUAAACACUUUUCAAUAGUUUUUAAAAAUGCUCAGGUCUCACAACUUAUUAAACACAAUGUAAGAUACAACACAUUUAGCUUGAUGCUUCAGUGUUAAGGCCUCUUUGUCUGUCUUUGAUGCCAGAUUGAAUUUAAAUGUGCAUUUCAUAUCAUUGCUCUACAUAGAUUCAAAUUAUUGGUAGAAUAGUUUCGAUUUAAGCCUAUAGAUUAGUGCUUAUGGAUUAUUUAAAUCAGUAGUUUCAAACCUUCAUGUAUUAAUUGCUUAUUUGCAUUUGACACAAACCGUACAACUGACAUCUGAACCUCUUGUUGAGACUCCCUGUAUCAAUUGCAUAUAUCUUACAGAAUAUUUAUUUUUUCCUCAUGAUAAUUUUUUUUUUCUCAAGUAGGGAACUUGAUAAGCAGAUAUUGUUUAUUUGUAGGUGUUGAUGCCUUUCUUGAGCAAAAUAAACACAG